AUGGCACUCGUCAUCAGCUCUUUUCUUGUUUUGGGAGUCAUUUACGCCUGCUUGUGGAUGCCUGAGGGAUCAACAGCUUUCUUUCACCUGCAGCGCAACAUAAAUACUACAAGAAACAUACCAAAAGACAAACUAGAAGCAGCUCUGGUGAGAGUUUCUGUGGCGAACAAGACUACGAUCAUCGCAAUACUGAACAAGGCGUAUAUGGAGCAAAAUGGCAUGCUCAACCUCUUCCUGCAAAGUUUUCGAGAAGGGGAAUGUGUUGAUUUCUCCGAGGAGGUGUUUUACAUGUCUGAUGACUUCAUUGAAAUGAUGUGGAGAAGAACACUCUUCCUUGGCGACGUCCUCAAGCGCGGAUACAGCUUCAUCUUCCAAGACAUGAAUGUUAUUUGGUUAAGGAAUCCGUUCACCAAGUUAAACCAGGAAGGAGAGGACCUGCAGAUAAGUAGUAAUUUCUACAAUACAAUGGCAGACAUUUUGAUGAUUCCAACUUCUUCAACACUGGCUUCUACUUUAGGCGCUGCUGAGGAUGAAGAGGGCAGGUGUUUUCAGGUGGCUGGGGUUGAAAGUGAGGUACCUAGACACCACAUGCUUCACUGGAUUCUGUCAAAUCAAGUGAUCACAGUGCAUUCAAACUGUUGUGUCAGUGUGAAGGCCAAGCUUACAAGUCUCACAGCUGUGCUUGAUGCUUGGACGUCAAACAAUGGGACAUCAAAUGCUACCUGGCCUACGCAUACUGGAUUCUGCUUAUGAGGCAGGAAUGUUCACUAUUU